AUGGCGUGGCGGAUGCUGCGAAGGAAGGAUUUUCACACGGGUCUUGUGAAUUUGGCGUUCCGUAAGGAUCAUGGGGUCAAAAAGCAUUUCUCCAGUGGAACAAUCGGAAAUCUGGCCCAGGUCUACCACGGUGAUAGGCCCAAACGUUCUGCUAGUUGUAUGCCCUCUAACCAUUUCACUAUCAGGAAUUUUCAUGCAGGUGUUUAUAUGUUAGCAUGGAGUCGGAAAAGGGAGGAUGUUGUAGGUCUGAAAGCUCCCAAAAAGGAGAAGCGAGUGAAGAAAGAAAAUAGAACGCAACCUCCUGUAGAAGCACCAUAUAUUGCACCAAAACCGAAGACAUCUAUCAAAUCAUUACCAGAUAAAACUGUCGAGAUUUUUGAUGGGAUGACUUUGCUUGACCUUUCUAAACGAACUGGUGCAUAUAUUAGUACACUUCAAGGCAUACUUGCAGAUCUUGGUGAAAAGGUUGAAUCUGAGUUUGACUCUAUCAGCAUUGAUCUUGCUGAGUUGGUUUCUAUGGAACUUGGUGUUAAUACCAGAAGAAUGCACACUGGUGAAGGCACGAAUGAACCACGUCCUGCUGUUGUAACAGUAAUGGGACAUGUUGACCAUGGUAAAACAUCACUUUUGGAUGCUCUCCGUCAAACAUCUGUUGCUGCCAAGGAAGCUGGUGGUAUCACUCAGCAUAUAGGUGCCUUCGUUGUUGAGAUGCCUUCAGGAGCAUCUAUCACAUUUCUUGAUACUCCAGGACAUGCUGCCUUUAGUGCCAUGCGGGCUAGAGGUGCUGCUGUUACAGAUAUUGUAGUCCUUGUGGUUGCAGCAGAUGAUGGUGUUAUGCCUCAGACACUGGAAGCUAUGUCUCAUGCAAAAGCAUCAAAUGUUCCUAUUGUAGUUGCAAUAAACAAAUGUGACAAAUCUGGAGCUGAUCCUGAGAGGGUCAGAAUUCAACUUGGUUCAGAAGGUUUACUUUUGGAGGAUAUGGGUGGGGAUGUGCAGGUUGUUGAAAUCUCUGCAGUAGCAAAAUCUGGUUUGGAUAAAUUGGAAGAGGCUUUACUCCUUCAAGCUGAGAUGAUGGACCUGAAAGCCAGAAUAGAUGGCCCUGCUCAGGCUUUUGUGGUGGAGGCAAGGGUGGACAGGGGCAGGGGUCCACUGGCAACAGCUAUAGUCAAGUAUGGCACAUUAGUUAGUGGGCAACACAUUGUUGUGGGGGCAGAGUGGGGGAGAAUUAGGUCUCUUAGAGACACAGCAGGGAAUAUAACGCAGUCUGCAAAACCUGCAAUGCCUAUUGAGAUUGAGGGGUUAAGGGGCCUUCCAAUGGCUGGGGAUGAUGUUGUAGUUGUUGAUUCAGAGGAAAGGGCAAGAAUGCUUAGUCAUGGGCGGAAGAAGCAGCAGGAGAAAGACAGGCUUCGAAAGAUUGAUGAAGGCAUGGCAGAGGAGCUAGAAAUUAAAGAAGAGACUCCUGAAAGAGUUGAAAUGCCCAUUAUUGUCAAAGCUGAUGUACAAGGCAGUGUUCAAGCUGUCACAGAUGCUUUACGAAGUCUUAAUAGUGCACAGGUGUUCGUGAAUGUUGUUCAUGUAGGUGUUGGCCCAAUCAGUGAGCAUGACAUUGAUCUGGCACAAGCAUGUGGAGCAUAUAUAGUUGGUUUCAACAUUCGCAGUCCACCUAGUACUAUCACUCAAGCAGCAGCAAGAGCCAACAUAAAGGUUUUGCUUCACAAGGUCAUCUAUCACCUCCUUGAGGAAAUGGGAAGGGCCAUUGUGGAGAAGGCACCGGGAACUGCUGAAACCCAGGUUUCAGGUGAGGCUGAGGUUCUGAACAUAUUUGAGCUGAAAGGGCGCAGCAAGUCAAAAGGAUCGGAUAUCAAAAUUGCUGGUUGCCGUAUAACUGAUGGCCACUUCAGCAAAUCUGGAACCAUGAGACUGUUGAGGAGCGGAGAUGUCGUCUUUGAGGGUCCAUGUGCGUCCCUGAAGCGGGAGAAGCAGGAUGCAGAGACAAUCGAAAAGGGUAACGACUGUGGACUGGUGAUUCAGGAUUGUGAUGAUUUCCAGGUAGGGGAUAUCAUACAGUGCUUGGAGCAGGUGAUUAGGAAGCCCAAGUUCAUCUCGACGCAGAGUGGUUCGGUUCGGAUUGAAUGCUGA